AGGAAGAGGAGGAAGGAGAAGGAAGGAGGAGCCGCCACCGCCGCUCCCCCGGGCUGGCGCCGGGGAUGGUGUUGGCCGCGGCAGCCGGGCCCUGACGCCGCGCUCAGGUGGGAAGCAGCAGUAAUGCUAACGCUGGCAAGCAAGCUGAAGCGGGAUGAUGGUGUCAGAGGCCCCCGUGCGUCCAACCCAGCGUCCGACUCCACUCGCAGGGUGUCUGUCCGGGACAAGUUACUCGUUAAAGAGGUUGCAGACCUUGAAGCUAAUUUACCUUGUACAUGUAAAGUGAAUUUUCCUGACCCAAACAAGCUCCAUUACUUUCAGCUAACUGUAACCCCAGAUGAGGGCUAUUACCAAGGAGGAAAGUUUCAGUUUGAAACUGAAGUUCCUGAUGCCUACAAUAUGGUGCCUCCAAAGGUAAAAUGUUUGACAAGAAUCUGGCACCCAAACAUUACAGAGACAGGAGAAAUCUGCCUAAGUUUAUUGAGAGAACACUCAAUUGAUGGCACUGGCUGGGCCCCAACCAGAACCUUAAAGGAUAUUGUCUGGGGGUUAAACUCUUUAUUUACUGAUCUUUUGAAUUUUGACGAUCCUUUGAAUAUUGAGGCUGCAGAGCAUCAUUUGCGUGACAAGGAGGAUUUCCGCAGUAAAGUUGAAGAUUACAUUAAGCGCUACGCGAGAUGAUGAAGGGGGACGGAUGGCAGGACCACGGCGCAGCUCCACCCCUGUCCUGAACUUCACAGCAGCCAAACAGCCCGGAUUGUACCAGCCCUGUGUCCAUGUUGUACUGAAGAAGAAAACUAACUUCAUAACCUGUUCAUAUUCAAAGGAGAGUUCAGCAUAAAUACGGCAAGAAAUUGUGUCUGUUGGUUGAAAAAGUUGUCUGCUUCCUUUUACCAAUGUUUACUCUUCUGAACUGUACUGUAUAUCCUGUUGAUGAGAUAUGCUUGAGAAGUUAAAAGAAAUCACUAUUGGAAUUGUAAUUACACUUUUUUUUUAAACUCUUGCCUAAUCUGGAGGGGGGAAGGAAAGAAAAAACCAAACCCAAACAACCCAAGCAGAAAAGGUGGCGUGUUUUUGGAACACUUUGAGUUGGCAAUAAAUGGUCUCCUGUGAACCAAAUCACAAAACUGUUGCUUUUGAUGAGCAGAAACAAUAUGAGCUUUUUGUAAGUCACUCAGCUGAGGCUUAGAGCUUGCCAGGGUAGAAGUGCAGAAUGAGAUUCUACUUCUGGUGUUGAAAUUCUCAAUGCUAUUUAAUGUAAGUAUGUUUUUGUCACAGUUUGGAUUUUUUACAUUGUUCAUUUCAGGCCCUGUUUGGGCUACAGUAUUUUUUUCUUUGUUGUUUCUACUCAUUGUGUGAAGUAGUUAAAAGAAAUACAGGCUAAUAUGUAACUUAAGUACAUGUUUAGUAUUAGUAAAAUUAUAUAUAUAUAUUAUAUAUAUUAUAUAUUUCUGUCAAAAAAUUAAUGAAAGGGAGAUUUUUUUUAAAGAAAUCUGCCUUUGGCUUUCCAAUCUGGGUGUGGUGAGAGAGCAUCAGAUGCUGUUUGAUCUGAUGAAAGUAAAUUUAGGCACCUGAUUGUGUUCUCCAGAUUCCUGCACUGAAGGGGAAUGAAGCAGCUGGAACCACAACUCAUUUCCCCCACUUGUGCACACUUGGCUUUGUUGAUUUGGAAGGGUGUGAUGCUGCAAUUGCCUUUUCUGUAAGGAGCAGGAUGGCUCUGAGAGCCUGCAGGGGAGAGCAGCUUCAGUCCAUGUGCCAGAGCUCCCAGGGCACCCUCCAGCAUUGGGAACACACAGGGGAGCUGAUGGAGCCCAGGCAGGCUUUUAUAAACCAGAGAAAUAAAUGUUUGUGUGGUUUCAUGCAGAGCAAGUGUGUGUGUGACACUUGGGCAUUGACUGUUGGGGUUUUACCCGCUCUUCAUUCUUUCCUGCUGGAGGAAAUGCAAACAAUUCCAUCAUGAGCACAGCAGAGCUGGCGUGCAAACUGCAAGCAUGAAACUUGUGUGUUGAGUUUUCCCUGUGCCUCUUCCUUUACAGCCUCACAAGCUCCUGCAGCUGGUGCUGGAGGCUUGGGAAAGCAGGGAGGUGAAAUGCAGGGAUUGGCAUGCAGCAGGAGAGAAUACUCACAAGGAAACACAUCAGCUCAGUAUUUUAAGCAGGCAACUGCAGUGAUAGAUCUUUGCUGCCCCAACAGAUAUGUCAGCAAAGGUAAGGAGUAAAACACAGAAAUGGCAAGGUUGGGAAAUACAUCCAGAUUUUGCUUAUGACAUUAGAAGGAUUCUCACCAGGUUGCUGUAACAAAGUAGUUCUUGCUCUAGGGGCACCCUGGUACUGUUAGCAGGUUCCAUCCUUCAGGAGGAGAGGUCCCAGUCCCCAUUCCUUGGACUGUCACCAUGGCUGGCUCCCCACUCAUGCCAGGAAGCUGCUGCUGUGCCCAGGGCAGAGCAAAGCCAGGGAAAGCUGUGUUUGGGUACCAGCAGCCAUCAAAGCCAUCCCUGCCUCCCUGAACAAUCCUGUCCAACCCCUUCCCUGUAUUGUUGCUUGCCUGGAGGAGAUGAGCAGAAUAAUAAAGUUUGGAUACUGUUAAAUACUG